AUGCCAUCUCUGUUCAACAUGCGCCGUUUCUCUCGCAGCAACUCCAUCCACAAUCGCGAAUCUCCUCAGUCGCCGCCAACAUCAUUCACUCCUCCACUCACUCACGCUCCGAUGAUGCCAAAUGGAACCACGGCUGGAUCUCAUCAGGGUUCUCACCAGGGUUCUCACCAAGGCUCUCACCAUUCUCGACCCGUGUCAGCCAACACCAAUUCAAGCUUUGACUUUGCGAAUCGACCUCCAGCUCAGUAUCAAAUGUCGACCCUCCCGUCCAACACCAUCGGCAACCUCUCACGGACUGACCAGAUUGUCUUGCGACACUUCUGGGAAGUGAAGGCUGAAGAAAACAAAGGAAGGGAUCUUCAUUUUCUCAAGUUCCCGUUUUUCCCAAAGUAUCCCAACCACCAGGACCUGAUCCCUUAUUGUGAGAUCUACUACCUGGUCAAGACUUCACCUGGCGCCACAAUCAUCAGCUUGGGCAGCACCAACAACGGAGUGUACAUAGGGUUUGAGCUGUUUUCCGGAUCUCAGCUCCACAUCGACAUGGACGAUUCCUGGCACAACAUCUCCCAUCACCGCGUAUCGUUCAAGUCCUACGACUCCAUGCUCAAGGACCCGACGUCAGAAUCGACCUUCAAAUCGUGGCCAAAGCCGCUUACGAUUGAAUAUCUCGAAGAGCAGUUCCAAGGCUGGACGCUGGACCUGACCGGUUUCUGCUGGGACACAGCCGAGGUUCGCGAACUAGGAGGCGAAGGCGACGCCCAGAGCGACCUCAAAGACGACAUGUUGUAA